UAACCGAUGACAUCAGCUCAGGCAAAUUUCAAUUCCUGGAUGGCAGUUAAGUGCUAAUCCUGCUUCCAUCCCGGAUUUCUCAAACUAAAACAGGGGAGGGGGGAGUCGGUCUAUCAAAGCAGACAACAACACCGGAUUGAGGAAAUUGACGAGGGUAGAACAUGUGCAAAACAAAGUUGUUUAAAAGACAAAAGCGUGCUGUCUGUCGUUCAUAUCUGGGCGAGCGCAGCGGCACCCAUUGCUUAUUCAUGUCAGGUCUGUGCUGUCACGGCAGCUCAGUGUCACGCACGGGAGGAGGACCGCUAGUAUUCGGCCAUGCAGCUCUGUUUCAUCUUGCUAGUGUUGACGCGGCUGUUGGAGGUAGACGCCUGGAGCGUCGGACUGAAGUACGCAGUGGACUGCCCAGAGCGCUGCGACGAGAAGGUGUGCGGAGGGGUACAGCGCUGCAAGCGCACGGUGCUCGAUGACUGCGGCUGUUGCCGGGUAUGCGCAGCGGCAAGGGGGGAGCACUGCUACCGCACCGUGUCCGGCAUGGACGGGGUCAAAUGCGGACCUGGGCUGCGUUGUCACUUUUACAAAGAAGAGGAUGACUUUGGAGAGGAGUACGGCAUCUGCAAAGAUUGUCCAUAUGGGACAUAUGGAGUGGAGUGCAGAAAAACCUGCAACUGCAAGACAGGAAUAUGUGAUAGAGAAACUGGGAAAUGCAUGAAGUUUCCAUUUUAUUCAAUAGCACCCUCAAAAAUGGACAACAGACAUAAAUUGAGACCACAGACAGAAAAUGAAAUGGGGUCGGGAGACGCUCACAGCGAUGUAAAAGAAGAUUUAUUAAAGGAGAAAAACAUGCAGACAGCAACAAUAAAACGUCUGAAUCCUCGAAAAUCACCCAAAAAAUCACGGACCAUCGAGAACUGUGCGAAGUGAGGACAUGAAGAAUCGUCUUCGCGCCAAACUGGAAUCAUCCCCGCAUAAAUCAAAGUCAUCCAGAUGAUCUGAAUCUGCAUAAUUAGAUCUGGACCACCCUGUAUAUUGUCACAUUGUCAUAUUGUCACGACAGCUGAACGGACCAGGAGAAGGUCUGUCCCUUCCCAGGACCAGACAAUUGUGGAGCCUCGGACGUCAGCGCUUCUGCCAGCACCUACAGGGUAGAAUACCAAGAAGUCCAUUGGAAAGCACCUGGAGGACGUCCGGGUGGACAUAAAAGGGGCCACCUCCCUCCAGUCGGGAGGAAGAGGACAGAGCUUGGUGGAAAGAAGUGGAGGUGGUGAUGGACCUUUGGAAGAACUUGAGAAGAAAGGCGAUUUGUGCAGGGACACUGUAUGCUGUGUGGACUUUUAUGUAAAUAAAUGUGUGCUUU